GUAAUUGCUGCCAUGGAAACACAACUGUCUAAUGGGCCAACUUGCAAUAACACAGCCAAUGGUCCAACCACUGUAAACAACAACUGCUCCUCACCAGUCGACUCCGGAAACACAGAGGACAGCAAGACCAACCUAAUAGUCAACUAUCUUCCUCAGAACAUGACACAGGAGGAGCUGAAGAGUCUUUUUGGGAGCAUUGGUGAGAUAGAGUCCUGUAAGCUUGUAAGAGACAAAAUAACAGGGCAGAGCUUGGGUUACGGCUUUGUGAACUACAUUGACCCCAAGGAUGCAGAGAAAGCUAUCAACACUCUGAAUGGAUUGAGACUUCAAACCAAAACAAUAAAAGUUUCCUAUGCUCGCCCAAGUUCAGCUUCUAUCAGAGAUGCCAACUUAUAUGUCAGUGGGCUUCCAAAAACAAUGACCCAGAAGGAGCUGGAGCAGCUGUUUUCACAGUACGGGCGCAUCAUUACUUCUCGCAUUCUUGUCGACCAGGUCACUGGCAUAUCAAGGGGUGUAGGGUUUAUUCGAUUUGACAAGCGGAUUGAGGCAGAAGAAGCUAUCAAAGGCCUAAAUGGCCAGAAACCUCCUGGUGCCACAGAGCCAAUCACUGUAAAGUUUGCUAAUAAUCCAAGCCAAAAAACCAAUCAGGCCAUCCUUUCCCAGCUGUACCAGUCUCCAAACAGAAGGUACCCAGGACCGCUAGCUCAGCAGGCACAGCGUUUUAGUAGGUUUUCACCAAUGACGAUUGAUGGGAUGACCAGUCUGGCUGGAAUUAAUAUUCCUGGGCACCCUGGAACAGGCUGGUGCAUAUUUGUGUACAACCUGGCUCCUGAUGCAGAUGAAAGUAUCCUGUGGCAAAUGUUUGGGCCUUUUGGAGCUGUCACCAACGUGAAGGUCAUCCGUGACUUUAACACCAAUAAAUGCAAAGGUUUUGGAUUUGUGACUAUGACAAACUAUGAUGAGGCUGCCAUGGCGAUAGCUAGCCUCAAUGGAUACCGUCUAGGAGACAGAGUACUGCAGGUCUCCUUUAAGACAAACAAAACGCACAAAGCCUAAUGAGCUCUUGUCCUCAGUCCAUUUCUAUAUGAAAACUAUACAACAAAAGCAAGUUAAGAGAAACUUUAUACAUUAGUAAAUGUCUUUGUAAGUCAGUGUUGAGAUGGGGAUAAAAUGACUACUUAGCAUCCUAAGAACUAUGUGAGAUUUUUUAUUGCUAGUAUUUGAAUUAAAACUUCUUAAAUAUCUUUUAUGUUUGAAUAUGGACAAGAGGUACAGGGUUUUUACCUGUCACAUUGCAUUCUAUUGCCUUCUUUGAAGAAGGUGGACCUUUUAAAGUGUUUCAGCUAAGGGAAGACAUUGCUUUUCUUUUUACAUAACUGCCUUGAACCUGUGAGUAAAUAUUGAGGCUUUGUGUUGUAACUCUUCAGUUGGUUGUGUCUUUCCCCACCUCCUUUUCUUUUCUUACUUUUUCUUUUCUUUUUCUUUUUUUGUUUUUUUUUCUUUUUGUUCUCUAAUUAGCUUUGUGUUUGGUUUACAUUUAAAGCAUUGCCGUUAUGUCUCAGAAAAGUAUUUUGAAGUUUACAUUUUUAUUUAUGAAGUUACAAACAGUAUUUAUUUUGUAAUUCUGAUUUGGGCUGGGGCAGGGGGGGUGACAUUAUAAACGCUUAUUGUAAGAAUACUGGAGAACUUUUCGUAAAGCAGUACCUUGCCAAAGAGAUAAGAGCCUCUUUGAUGUGGGUUUAAAAAAAGCAUCUAUUUUUAUAAAAAAGAAAAUUUGGAGAAACUUUUUACUGGUCCUGGAACAAAUAUUUUGACUUGAAUACUUUGAGAAAUCUCUUCAUAUGACACCUAGUGAGCUUUUAAAAUUUACCAGGAAAUUUGCAAAGGUUGGAAAAUUUAGAAAGAUUUAUGAUGUAGAAAAAUACUUUUGAGAUCUUUGUAUGAGAGGAAUUGAGUCAGUGAGGGAACACUGCUGGUUUCAUUUUCGUAAUCACCAGUGGGGUGUCUGAUCAUCCUGGUUGCUAUGUGAUAGAUGGCUCACAUUGAUUUGUGAUUUUGAAACAAAUAAAAAAAAUUUACAAAAGAAUAUAUAAGAGCAGGCAAGAAAUUUAAAUUACCAAGAGAUGGGGGAAAAUCUGUUCUUCCUAAAGAAAUCCCUUCAGAUAGAGCUCAUGGUGUUUAGUGAUGUACUUGCAGUAUCGUUUGAAGAAUUGUUUUGUCUUAAGGAAAAUAAGAUGUUGCACAUGAUUUGUACUGCAGCAAGUCAGCAAAGGCGAUCUGAGUUGGAUAUAUUUGAAGGUAUUUUGAGAGUUACGUUUAAGGCUAACACCUGAGCUUUGUGUGAUGUAAAUAAGACCUUGUGUUUAUGAACCUUUCAGCUAAUUUUAUUUUUUUUCCCUUACAUAUCAAGUGAUGUUCAGGUUUUGAAUGUUUUGUAUCAGUUUUUUCCUUUGUAAAUGGCAUUAACAUUGUUACUUGAGGUCUUGCUUAUCCACUUCUGUUGUCCUGAGGACUUGAAUUUACAGUGCAUCAGAUUCGUUGCUAAUUCUGUCUGUAGAUAGUCUAGCUUCAGCUGUUUAUGGUGAUGCUACAUUUUCGUUUAUAAAUAUGUUUGUGGUAAAAAAAGAAAAAGAAAAAUGAGUAUAACCAUAGGUUUUGAACAAAUUUCCUUACAUUUUUCAUACAAAAAUCAUAAAUAUCUGUAUGCUAUUGAAAUUUAACUUUGUAUGAUGCUUAAACCACUAUUUGGGGAAAUAAUAAAAUAAGUCUUUACCAUGUAUGAAAGAAAUUUUAAAAAAUACAAAAUAUUUUCUGAUUAGCAUCUAGCUUAUAAUAAAUUUUCAAAAAAGCUGAAGGCAACCGUUGCCUUCAUCAGGAUGCACUGAGAACUAUAUAGUUACGUCCUGCGUUUUGUAUAAACUGAGAUGCUCAUAUGCUUCCCCUUAGAACAGGCAAUGUGCUAUGCAUAACAUAGUUGUACAUUAUCUUUGCAGUUGCUUUGAGUUUUAUUUUUUAUUAUUUAAAAUUGUAGUUAUAAAAUUUUUCAGUAUAGUACAGUACAUAUACUGUGAGGCGCGUGCUAAAGUGAGUAAGCGAGUUUUCAUGCUGACCCACUCAAUGCUAUUCAGAACUCAAUUGGCUUAGCACUUUCUCAUAUCCUUAGGUGCAUUUAGAUUGUCAGAGUUAACCUGCGUUAAAAAAAUAAAAAAAUAAAAUACAUGUAUAUACUUAAAAAAAAAAAAUAAGGUUUCCCUUGUGGGAAAACAGCAGCUACACGCUUCUUUCCUGUACUACUGUAGCAAACCAAGGCAUUGAUGAGAGGGCAUGCAAAUUGUGCUUCACUUUACAGUGUUUAUCAGAGCACUUAAUAAAAUGUAAGGCUGGUAUUUAUUUGAAGUUGUACAGUAUGACUUAAUUCACAUCUGUUGGAAUAGAAAAUAUAUUCUGUUGAGUAUUUAAGAGGCUGUACAUGUUUUCUUUUGUGUUUGAAUUCUUUGUGCUUUUUCAUGUUCGGUACAUCAAUAAACAAAGUUG